AUGACCACGAAUACACACUAUACACGAAAGAAACGACAUGACACAUUCAACAACCAACCAACUGCCCCGUCUGCGCCGGCAGGACAGCCAUCGCCACCCGUUGGCAGUGGAUCCAACUUUCCGCCUUCCCCCCAGCCGAAUACAAGUUUCCCCGGAGGCCAGCCCAGCUCGAAUCCUACAUUGGGGUCAGGGAAUGGCUCUGGGAAUGGUGGGACUGGUGCCGGAGCUGGCUCUGGCUCUGGGUCCGAACCAAAUCCAACCAUCUCUGGCUCAGACCUCUUCGCGACAGAAACCCUGACAUCGACCUUCCCCGUUACUACGAUCUUCGAAGCUACGACGACGUUUACCUCAUUCUCCGAAUCUGUGUUUACCACCACUUCUGCGAUACCCAAUACCUUAUCUUCACCUGCUUUUACUUCCUCAGUUCCUUCAAUAUCAAUAUCCAGCUCGGGUACGGCAAUGAGCGCGAAUGGCCCUCAAAGCACGUCGGGUUCUCUACAAGUGGGAGCACAGUCGCAGCCUAUAUGUGCUGGCAAAGGGAUAGACGCGUCGGCUGCAGGUCUAAUUGCGACGAUCAUAGUGCCUAGUGUAAUCGGUUUGAUAAUAUGGAUAACAUUUGCCAUCCUACGACCGCGUUUCCGACAAAUUUACGCGCUACGAGAGUGGUUUGUACACCCGCAACUACGUCCAAAACCCCUCGGCAGCGGGUUCUUCGCAUUCCUACAUCCGCCGGUCCCCCUCGUACCAGAUUUCCCUUCAGCAUCCGAUGCUCGUUCCCCCGAUGCGCAGAAAGCCCUUCCCUCGGAUGAGAACCUCGCACAACGUUCCCUAUGGUUGGCCCUACUUAUAUGUCUUGGAUGGACUGUGCUUGGGCUGGCUGGUGCGCUUCCACUAUACUUAGUCAAUAUGCCUUGUCUGGCCACUUCGACUGGUGGCGGGGAAAGCAGGUUCGGUGGCGCGUACGGCACGUUGCAAGAUCUCAGUCUCUUAAGACUCCUCCGCCUUCUAGACGAUGGCAACGUCUCCACCAAUUUCGCCGUAACAUUCUCGCCCGUAGGCAAACGCGCUGUUAUUGACGGUGUCGAUUUUGAGCCACAAAUACGUACACGGCUCAUCAUCCUCGUCGUUCUGACAUUGGUUGUCGGUGUUCUCCCUGCGCUCUGGAAAAUACUGAAGGAGUACACUAAGUUAGUUCACUACCGGCGCAUAUGGGCAGAGGAGAGGUGCGAAGGGAAGGAGAUGGCGUGGUUGAGUGCGAGAGACGCGCCUGGAUUUGCGGGAUGGGGAGAGAAGAGGAUCAAGGACUUUUUGGUGAAGAGUGGGCUAAGUGGUGGCUUCGAGAAUGGAAGCGGGAAUGGAAACGGGAAUGGAAAGAGUAAUGGUAGUAAGACCGAGAAGCUUGCCCCGGGAUCGAGACGUAUUAGUGGCCCGUAUAGUCCCCGCAGUCAACGACGGAAUGAACAACAACCAUUGACGAGCCUGGAGGAAGCCGAGCUGGAGGUGGACAUCUCGAGUCUAUUUUCGAUUGGGGAUACCCAACGCCUUGCGCUACUCAUUGACGAACGCGACGAGAUUCUGGAGAAUUUGGAGAUCGCGGAGACGAGAUACAUAUCAUCGUUCAGGUUAAGUACCCCGGAUCCCUCAAUAGCGGAUUUCCAAGCGCCCCCUGUGCCCCCCAAAGACAAUAGGCCUUACAUCAGUAGACCGCUACCCUUGGGUCCCGCACAGAAGAAACGGACACGCCGUGGUCGACGCACUCUGAACCCUGCAUUCGCUGCUUCCUCCCUCGCGCCUACAUCCUUCGUUGCCCCGUCUCAAUAUUACAAGCUCCAUGGUCUCCGUGGCGUGAGUGGCGGACGCUUUGGCGGCAGCGAAUAUAGCUACAGGGAGGAAGACGAACCCCCACUCUCUACUUCGAUAAAUUCGAGGGUUAUUGGCAGCAGGUUCCAAGAAGUCAACAGGAAUAGCGCAGCGUAUGGACGAUUACCGAUGGGCACCUAUGUUGGGGUUUCUGAGAAGGGUGAGUUGGGUGGGGGUGCAGGAUCAGGAGGGAUGCCGGGAGGAUGGGGAAGUGAUGCGGGUCGAGAGAGUGGAUAUGGGGGAGGAAGUGGGGGUGCCCCUGGUAGCGCCAGCGUUGGCAGUGGGAAUAUGGCUGGUGUAGGUGGAGGCAUGGGCGUUGGCGGAUUAGGUGGUAUGCUCGACCGCGCUGACCGAAUGGACAUGUUCACCAUCGAAGAAAGCGAACGCUCCUACAUUCCCGAUCCGCGACGGUACGGCCCCAACCAUCUAGGUUACUCUGAAGAAGAUGGCGAUAGAAGGAGCCUAACUGGGCAGAUCGACGGUGAAGAUUGGGUGGACUUGGAGGAUGAGGUGGAUUACGAUGAGAUGCCCGGACCGGACGAGGAGGCGCCACCACAAGGAAGGGGUGGGUUUGCUUACGGCGCGCGGAUGAUGAUGACGCCCUCGCCUACACCUUCACCUGCGCCUCCCAUCGCGAGGCGAAGACUAAAGGAGCAACCACCUUCGAAGAGAGAAACAUUCCCCUUACGGAGCAACGAGCCUGUUGGACACGCCGCAAUGGACGAGAUCCCUCCCCCGCAUUUACGUUUACAACCCCACCAACCUUUCGUACGUCCGCUUUCAGGCAAGAAUUUCGACGAUUUGGGAGAGGUGUAUGGUGAUAUCCGGCACUGGAGGACAAGAUUGAAGGGCAUCAACGCUGAGAUUGCAGAUGCGCAGAGAGACUGCUAUAAUGAUAUAGCGGACGGUUCGCGCGUUCUAGGGUGGUUGAUGAUAGGGAAGGGGCUGCGUCAUCUUCAAGGCGCUCAAUUAAUCGAAGGGAGGGCGAAGGAGGAUAUUAGGUGGGACGUGCUGCAGAACGAAAGAACUGCAGUCGACAAAUGGGUAUGGUGGACCGUUAUUAUCGUGGUGGGCGUGUUGCUCGCUGCCGCAUUAACUGCUGCAGCUGGGUUAGCAGUGGUGACUGCGCCUGAUGUAGCACACUACCUCCCCUUCUUGGAGCCGCUUCUCGCUGCGCAUCCCCUGGUUGCUGGUCUCGCGACUAGCCUCGCUCCUGCUGUGGCAGCGACUCUUUUCAUUUGCUUAGCAUUGAUGGCCAUUCAUUGGGCGACCAAUAUCCGGGGAGCGGUUUCCGUAUCCGGAGGGCAGCUACUCGCAUUCAAGGCGACGUUCUUCCUUAUUACCUUCGUCGUUGGGUUGUGGAUUAUUACGGUUGGCUCUCUUCUGUUCGCGUUCGAGGCGUUCAGUUCCGAUCCGGCUGGCAAUCGGGAGCGAUCAUCAUCAGUUGCUAACGGAUCAAUUUACCUGAGUGCUUUCGCCCUCGCGAUCAUUGUCAACGGCGCCAUCAUCUUCCCUGGCCUGCUCGUGCUCCAACCCAUACGCCUGUGGAAAGUAAUGAAGGCAGAGAAGCAAGCUGUCACCCCGAGACAAAGGUUUAGAGCCGUUUAUCCACGCACCUACAAUCCGUCAUUUGCUCUCGGAGCCUGUAUACUGGCCAUUGUGUUCGCCUCCACGUUUGCGGUCAUCUUCCCGCUUAUCGCGCCGGCUGUCGUCAUCUUGAUUCUCUUGAGCCUUGUCGCUCAUCGCUACCUCGUUGGAUACGUGUAUGGCCGGACCCACUCGCAAACGGGCGGCCUUCUGCAAAUAUGGCUGUUACGUCGCUUUGGCAGCUUGCUCGCACUGCAGCCUCUCCUUCUGGGACUUAUCUUAUUAAGUCGACAGCUCUGGGUUCUAGGCGGCGUCUGCUGUGGCGUAGCCCUCGCGGUGGUUUUAUUUGUCGAAGUGUACACGAGUUGGAAGAUGAGACUUCCAGGACGCAAGUCACUCAAGCCGAUCACCCAGAAUUCCAUUGACGAAUUUGCCAACACGACCCGACCUCCCAGUUCCAAGGGGAGUCGACGGCCCAUAGAUGAAGAAAGCACCAGUCUCGUCAGCAGUGCGAGGAACACGAAUCGUAUACGUGGAUCCAUGGCUUCUGUUCUCGAGAUGAUGAGUUUGACGCUUGCCGUAAUGCCAUCCCCAUCGGCACAUAGAGGGCCCAUUCCACUAGAAACCGAAACGCUGGAUGACCUGACCGCGACAGAGCGUGCAGCACGGACGCACCCUGACGCACCCCCUCUGCUGCCACCGCUCCCAUUUACGGACCACGCAGAGGAAAUGGCCUCGAUAUUAUACGCCCCUGAACUGAUUGCACCUCCGCCCAUCAUAUGGCUGCCCAAUGAUUCUGCGGGCGUGGCGAGAUCAGAGGCGGUGGAUUUGCAGAAAUAUCAUGAUCUACAGAACGGCAUGUCAAGUGGCUCUCCACCCCCACCAUCCCCGCCGCACAGCGACGACGACAUAGACUAUGAUAACGAUCCCGUCAUUCAAUAUUCUAGAGACUUGUACGCCUACACGCUACGGCUAUGGACAGAGUCCAGGAGGGUCGCCGAGGAGAAGGCUCGAGCGAAAGCGGCGGCCAAGAAGGAGGAGGAAGAGCGGAGAAGAGUGCUGCUUCAGGCACAGGCAAAGGUUGAGACGGGUGGCAGCGUUGUGGGAGGGAGUGUACCAGGAGCGGAGGCGAACACGGCUCCGGGGGACUCCUCUUCAUCGACGCACCACAAAGGCUCAUAA